AUGAAAAAGCCAGGAAGUCAUUUCGCCGUGCAGCCAACGAACAGCCUCACUGCCAGCGAGACACCUGAUUUCAGCAGGUCUCCACAGAAGAGUCCAAGAUCGAAGGCAGAACUCCAGCAAAGCUUCCACGACUUGUUGCAGUCAACGACGUACGGGCUUCCCAAGGAACGUUUGCAACACCUUGCCGAGAUGGCGCGCUCACGCAGUGCCUCCUUCGGAGACGAUGACUUAGAACUCAUUGGGUCACAAGUUGUCAACAAUGACUUCGCAACGCACUCGCAGUCGCCUUUGCGACCGAUUGAUGGGAAUAGAGAGACCAUCGACCUCUCGGCCAGCCCUGCGCUGGCGUCGAAGCCGACAAUGGCAGCUCCGCCAACACAUGCCCCCAUGUUCGGAAAGCCUACAAAGAUGAUGUCGAGUCUUAAGCAGAAGGCAUCUAACAUGUUCAUCCAACCGAAGUCACGGCCAGAGCACCAUCGCGACUACAAGAUCAAUGCGCCAGCCGCCCCGAAACAUGCCGACCAGAAGCCCCAAUCGCAAACCUUCAGCUCCAUGAGCCCUACUUCACAGACAACUAAUGGCUACACCCAGUCUUCAUACUACAGCCAAGCUCAGCCUGCUUCGGCUUAUACCGAUCAGGUUUUCUGGACCGAUCCCACAAAAGCUUCAGCAGACUUGAAGGCACUGCUGGAAGGCGGGAUGGACGAAGAAGACGAGGAAGGAGAGAAGGAGAAGCCUGGAAAGAAAGAUGACGGAUCCCUGGAGGGCAUUAAGGUUAAACUCCUGCCGCAUCAAGUAGAAGGCGUCGAGUGGAUGAAGGGCCGUGAGCUAGGACCGGUGAAGCGCGGCAAGGUUCCCAAGGGCGGCAUCCUUGCAGACGAUAUGGGUCUGGGAAAGACUCUACAAUCAAUCUCGCUGAUUAUCAGCAACCCGAUGCCCAAGAAGGACGGACCCGGCUGGAAGAAGUCGCUGGCGCCUGUCACAGGAUCCACCAUAGUCGUUGCGCCACUGGCGCUGAUACGGCAGUGGGAGGCUGAAAUCAAGGAGAAAGUCGCUCUUUCCCACCGCCUCAGUGUUUGUGUUCAUCACGGACCCAGCCGUACCAAGCGGUAUCAAGACCUCGCCAAAUACGAUGUGGUCAUUACCACGUACCAAAUUCUCGUGUCCGAGCAUGGCCACUCUACCAAAGACUCAGAAGGGUUGCAAGCCGGGUGUUUCGGUCUUCAUUGGUACCGUGUCAUCCUGGAUGAGGCACACAGCAUCAAAAAUCGGAAUGCCAAGGCGACAAAGGCGUGUUGCGCUCUAAGAUCAGAAUACAGAUGGUGUCUCACAGGAACACCAAUGCAGAACAAUCUGGAUGAGUUGCAGAGUCUUGUCAACUUCUUGAGGAUCGCACCUUACGAUGACCUGAGACACUGGAGAGAGCAAAUCGACGAGCCAAUGAAGAAGGGCAAGGGCCAUUUGGCUAUUCGUCGACUCCAUAGUCUUCUUCGCUGUUUCAUGAAGCGCCGAACUAAGGAGAUUCUCAAAGAAGAAGGCGCACUGCUUCCAGGUGGGAAAAAAGCACUUGAGGCAGCAGCCAAAGACGGAGAUUCUGCGGCGCCUGUUCCGACUUUCAAGGUCACUGAGCGGAAGGUCGUGACGAUCGCAGCCAAGUUCUCGCCUGCUGAGCGGGUGUUUUACGACAGACUUGAGGAUCGCGCUGACAAGAGUCUCAAGAACAUGAUGAAAGAGAAGGUCAGCUACGCAAGUGCCUUGGUCCUGCUACUGCGUCUAAGACAGGCCUGUAACCACCCUCAACUAGUCGGAAAUAAGUUGGAGAAGGAUAAGGACGCAUUGUCCACGGACACUGCGAACCAGCCGAAGAAUGCUGACGCCAACGUCGAUGCGCUUGCUGAUCUUUUCGGAGGCAUGGGUAUUGAGUCCAGGAAGUGUGAUAUCUGCUACGAUGAACUUCCCCGAGAUGACAUUGCCCACGGCGAGGUGCAAUGCUCUAUAUGCAGAGAAGAACUGGCCAAGAUCCUCAACGAGACCGCUGAACGCAAGCGGCAUAAGAAGAGAAACAAGGUCAAGAAGAUCGUCGAGGAGAAGGUUAAAGUUGAGGUCACGAAGAAGCGGAAGCCUAAGGGCCGGAUGAUCAUCACCGAUAGCGACGACGAGGAAGCCGACGGCAGCUGGAUUGUUGGUGAAGAUCAGCGCGGUUCGCUACGUCUUGGCAAAGCCGGUGGUGAAGAGGACGAAAAUGCUGAAGGCGAGGGCGAAUCUAUCGGGUCAGAGGACUCGAUUCACCAUUCCGAAGAUGAAGCCGGAAGUCGGCUCGACAGCUUCAUUGUUGACGAUGAGAACGUCAAAGGCGAGAGGACCUUGGGCAACAUCAGCACCCUAGACGAUGAUGAGACCUUUGUGUCAAUCAAUAAGAUCGGUUCACAAGUGGUUAAGAAAGAAUCCCAAGCAUCUCCACAAUCAGCCUCUGCUUCCGAUAAUGGCUCUGAGACUGACUCAGAAGAGGAGUCUUAUAUAUCCGGAGCUGACCUAGACUCGGACUCGGACGAUGAUGGUGUCUUCUGGAAGCCGAAGAAAGUUCUGACCGAGUCUCGUCUCAUGACCUCGGCAAAGAUCCGCGAAGUUGUCAAGAUCUUGCACAAGGAGAUUCAUGAGCACAAGUUUAUUGUGUUCUCACAGUUCACCUCCAUGCUUGACUUGAUAGAACCAUUCUUCCGCAAGGAAGGCUUCAAGUUCACCCGGUAUGAUGGAGGGAUGAAGAACGACGCCCGCGAAGAGAGCUUGAACAGGUUGCGAAAUGAUAAGAACACUCGCAUCCUACUCUGCUCUCUCAAGUGCGGCUCGUUAGGUCUCAACCUGACUGCCGCAACGAGAGUAGUUAUCCUUGAGCCAUUCUGGAAUCCUUUCGUUGAGGAGCAGGCGAUCGAUCGAGUUCAUCGCCUAACCCAGACUAUCGACGUUAUUGUGUACAAAUUGACCGUCGAGAAGACCGUCGAGGAGCGUAUCCUCGAGCUUCAGGAUAAGAAACGUCUUCUAGCCCAGACCGCUAUCGAAGGCGGCAUGGGUAAGAAGAACGCACUCAAGCUUGGUCUCAACGAGCUCAUGGAGCUUUUCAAGCAUACUGGCAGCCAAUCCGAGGACUAUAUCGACUCUAUUGAUGUUGCUAAGGAUAUCGGGGCUAUGGUCAAGACGACGAAGAAGCAGCGCCCGGUUGACAGACCCGAGGGUGGAAGCGUUUACGAUAGACGAUGGUAA